ACAAUCAGCUGUUUGUAAUGACAGUUCCCCUGACAAAUACAAAAUGGUUGAAGACUAAAGUUGGCAAACAAAGAAAGGCAGCGUAAUAUUGCUUUUUAAUGCGAAAAAAUAACUUUUUUCAGUGAAAGUUAAUUAAUUUUAAGUGUAUAGUGUGUAUAGUGCAAAAUGUUGGAUCUAGAAAUCGUUCCAGAACGUUCCUUGGGUUGUGAGGCCUGGGAAUUUGUCCUAGGAAUGCAUUUCUCACAAGCCGUUGCUAUAAUUCAAAGUCAAGUUGGCACAAUCAGAGGUGUUCAAGUACUCUACAGCGAUCAGAACCCUCUCUCCGUAGACCUAGUGAUAAAUAUGCCCCAAGACGGGAUCCGGUUAAUAUUCGACCCUGUCGCGCAGAGGCUUAAGAUCAUAGAGAUAUAUAAUAUGAAAUUAAUUAAACUUAGGUAUAGUGGCAUGUGUUUCAAUUCACCUGAAAUAACGCCAUCUAUCGAGCAAGUGGAACACUGCUUUGGUGCGACGCAUCCCGGCCUCUAUGACAGCCAACGACAUUUGUUCGCGCUCAAUUUUAGAGGACUCACCUUUUAUUUUCCUGUUGAUAGCAAAUUUGAGCCGGGCUACGCUCACGGCCUGGGCUCGCUUCAAUUCCCCAAUGGCGGUUCGCCGGUAGUAGCACGGACCACCAUCUACUACGGAUCGCAGCACCAAGCGUCAAAGCCGAACAGCGGAGGGCGGUGGGCCGCACCGCUAGCGGAUCUCCCGCCAUCGUGUUACCGACAGCAGUUGCAUCUACGUCGUUGCGACGUCAUCCGCUCCGCCAGCAGUACGGUGGCGUUGCGGUUGCAUCUGCUAGCGGAGGGCGGUAGAGGUGGCGCUGCUAUCAGCCGCCGACGCGUGAUCCGCUUUGGCGACAGCUGUCAGGCGGUCUCUCGGGCGUUGGCCGCACCGGCCCGCCUCUACUACAAGGCGGAUGAUAAGAUGCGUAUACAUCGCCCGACCGCACGCCGUCGGGCCCCGCCGCACACGGACUAUUUCUUCAACUACUUUACGCUUGGGCUGGAUGUGCUGUUCGAUGCGCGUACGCACUCGGUGAAGAAAUUCGUGCUGCAUACGAACUAUCCGGGCCACUACAACUUUAAUAUGUACCAUCGCUGCGAGUUUACGCUGCACGUGCAUCCUGACAAGUCCGAAUCCAAUGCACUAGUGGAGUCCCGCGGCGGCGUCUGUAUAACGGCGUACAGCAAGUGGGAAAGCGUGUCUCGUGCUUUGCGCGUGUGCGAACGGCCCGUUGUUCUCAAUCGUGCGUCCUCAACGAACACAACUAACCCGUUCGGCUCCACCUUCUGCUAUGGUUAUCAGGAUAUCAUUUUUGAGGUGAUGUCCAAUAACUACAUAGCGUCAAUAACCCUAUACCAGCCGGAGGGAGCCACCCCGCAAUACGCCGUUGACUCUAUCGCGUGACACACACAGGUGCCACAAAAAAAAGGGUAAAAAAUUAAAAACCUGAAUGCCAGUUUGACAGUCUACAGCCGACGCCUAUAGGUGUUGCCACAUCAAAAAUAAAACCAAACCUCUGGCGAAAUAAUACAUAUCCACUACCAACCUAAGAGGAAACAGUAUUUAAAAAAAAAUGUGAUAAAACUGUGAAAAAUACUAAAAAAAAGUGAGUGACCGAUCUCAAGAUAGUAUGUUUUAUUUAAAUGUUAGCAGAAAUUGACAGUUGUUUUUUGACAAGUGACGUGUGUUCGAGCGGCAAAUCUGACGUUUCAUUAUUUUUAGUCAAUUGUGUUUUUAAAUUUGACAAAUUCCCAAAGUAUAAUAAUAGACUGUUGUAUAUAUCGAAGGAUAUAAUUAUGUAUAAAAAAUGACGUAUUUUUUCUAAAAAAAAAACUUAGGGUGUGAGUUGUGAAAAAAAAUGUGCUAAAAAUAUUUUGUAAUAUGCACUAUGUUUUAGGUCUAAUUGUAAGGUAAAGUCAUAGAUGGAAAUGAUUUUUAAUUAAGUUUUAAUUUAGACAUUUAUAUUUAUUUUUCGAAAAUUAUAAAAUCAUUGAUUAUGGUGCCCAUAACAUUUUUAUCUAUGAAUUUAUUUAAGUAAGUUGUAGGUUUCAUAAUUAUUCAAAGAGCUUUGCAUAUGAAAAUAUUACUCAUUUUUUUAAUAGGUACAAUCUGUGGGGCAGUUAUCGCCUUUCAUUCAUUCCAAUAGUAAAAAAAAUUAGUCUAUAGUCUAUAUUGUCACAAAUAUAGUAUACAAUUUCAAAUUAUUCUGUUAUCAAUGGAUAUUCGUCACAUUGGUAUUUUUAUCACUCCAGUAGAUGA